UCCUCUUCCUUCUGCCACUCCCACCGUCGCAGCCCCAAAACACACUCUCUGUCGCCAAAUUUCUACCAGCAUGUCUGAACACACCAAGGCCGAGAAUGGAGGAUUCCAGGGCGGUGUGCCCACGCAGAGGGCGGUGACGCCCGGCGGACACCCCCAGGACUCGUCGCAGCCCGCGUUCCCCAUCUACCACCGCAAGUUCGCCAACCCUGCGCCGCUGGGUCUCUUCGGUUUCGCCGCCACGACGUUUGUCCUGUCGCUUUACAACGUCGCCGCCCGUGGCGUCGCGGUCCCCAACGCCGUCCUUGGUCUCGCCAUUGGCUAUGGAGGCAUGGCCCAGUUCGUUGCUGGUGUUUGGGAGUUUGCUGCCGGUAACACCUUUGGUGCCACCGCAUUCUGCUCCUACGGUGCCUUCUGGUGGUCUUACGCGAUUCUCUUCAUUCCCUGGUUCGGCGUCAAGAGCGCCUUCGUAUCGGCCACGACCAGCGCCGAUGAGGCCGGCGCAAUGAUGAGCCAGGCCGUUGGUCUGUACCUCGCCGCAUGGUUCAUCUUCACCUUCAUUUUGCUCCUCGCCUCUUUCCGAAGCUCGCUCGGUCUCGUCCUCCUCUUCUUCUUCCUGGACCUCACCUUCCUUCUCCUGUUCAUUGCCGAGUUCACCGCCAACGCUAAGGUCCAGAAGGCUGGCGGCGGCUUUGGUAUUGUUACCGCGGCCAUCGCCUGGUACGUCGGCGCUGCCGGUCUCCUCAGCCCGGACACGAGCUACUUCACCCUGCCGGUCCUCGAGCUCUCGCGCAAGGAUUAGGCCACUUUCCUCCCUUCUCUCGCGCAACGCCAACCCAACGCGGAGCUCGCGAAGAUUUGCACACUUAUCACACUCACUUCGCACGUACAUUAGUAAUCUCCUAUCCUCCAACCUCUCUAGCGACAGCCCUUUUCUGCUGUAGAUAUCCUCUUUGUCCCUUCGGCUCUAUCUCCUCUUGUUGUCCACUCUCUCUGUCUUGAAAAAUUCCCAAAUUUCUUCCUCCUAGCCGCA